AUGGUUGUUCUAUUUGAACUUCCAGAAGGAUCUUCAUCUUCUUCAUCUACUCAUGGCCAUAGUUCAUCAACUCACGAUCAUAGAUAUGACAUAUUUUUAAGUUUUAGAGGUCUUGACACUCGUCGUAGUUUCACCAAUUACCUUUAUCAGGCUCUUAUUGAUGCCAAUAUCAGUACCUUCUUGGAUGAUGAAGAGAUUGAAGCAGGGGAAGAUUUGAAACCGGAAUUGGAAAAUGCGAUUAAGGCAUCCACGGCUUCUAUUAUCGUGUUGUCCAAGAAUUAUGCUUCUUUAACAUGGUGCCUUGAUGAAUUGGUGUUGAUCCUUGAGCAGCGUAUGACAUCUGGCCAUAUUGUCAUCCCCAUAUUUUAUCAUGUAGAGCCCACCCAUGUUAGGAAGCAACAAAGUAGCUUUGGAGAUGCAAUGGCUAAGCCUAAGCAGAAAAUGGAGGUAGAGAUAAAUGUAACCAAAAGAAGUCAGUUUUGCUCAAAAGAUGGACCGAUGGAAUAA